AUGUCUUGGUACUUUUUCUCUAUCGCGUCACCACUCUGGGUGAUUUUGUCUCUAUUCAUACCGCCAGCACAUACCCAGUCGCAAACCGCUUUCCCACGCGUGUUACCUCUUGCAGUCCGCUCGCCUUAUCUUCACAGCUGGGAACCAGCGACGAGCACAAGGCAUACACCCACUGAAUGGCCUGUGACCUGGUUCACCCCAUCUUCACAAAUCCUAGGAUGGUUGGGAUAUAUCACCGUGGAUGGGGUAUCUUACGCGUGGUUGGGCGACGACAUUGGAACUGCACUGCGUGUCAACUUGACGUCGACAACUUUCACUCCAACGCGCACAACUCUGAGCUUCUUGGCCGGUCCUAUGUCCGUUAAUGUCACCUUCCUCAGUCCUAUCGAGGUUAAUGAUCGCGUCCGCCAAUCGAUCCCCUUUUCAUAUCUAUACCUUGAAGCAAGUUCAUCCGAUGGUCAAUCACACAACGUAUCUGUAUACUCGGACAUCAGUGGAGAAUGGAAUUCUGGAGAUCGCAGUCAACAAAUAAAUUGGAAAACAAAUACAACUGCGGAAAGUGUAUAUCAUUCAGCUAACCUCGUACAGCAGAUGCCAUUCCAGGAGACUAGUGAGCAAGCAGUAUGGGGCACAUUGUACUACGCUAUGAAGAUGAAUACUGGUGUGACACACAAAAUCAAUGCUGACAAUAUCACACGCACUCAGUUCCUGAGCAACGGUACUCUGGACAAUCAAACUGACCCACAAUUCCGAGCUAUUUCCAAUCGUUUUGUGGUAUUUGGGAUUGCGCAAAGCCUGGGCAACAUCAAAGCCACAUCGAAGCCUGUCGUCUGGGCUAUCGGAUAUACUCGCGAUCCAGCAUUACAAUAUACAGAUCUUUCAAAUGUAGAGCAAGACCGAUUUUUAUACUACAAGGCGAAUUAUUCCAGCGAUGAUCUGCUGAUCAAUGAUUUUCUGGAUGAUUUUCCCAACGCGAGACUACGUGCUGACCAGCUCGACGCGAAGAUCUUGACGGACGCUCGUUCUAUAUCUAAUGACUAUGCCGAUAUCCUCUCACUUGGAACACGUCAAGUCUUCGCGGCCACAGAGCUAACACUCGGGAGGGGCUCAGAUGGAAGUUUCAAUCAGUCGGAUGUCAUGAUGUUUAUGAAGAACAUUGGUACCGACAAUCGAGUCAAUCCAGUCGAGACGAUGUACCAGGCCUGGCCAAUGUUCAUGUACAUCGACCCCACGUUGGGAGAUGUUCUCUUGGAACCGUUGUUACGAUUUCAAGCGUCUCCAAGCUAUCGCAACAGUUAUGCUGCCAAAGACAUAGGUUCUGGUUACCCCAAAUCUCAAGCGAGCAGUGCGAGUCACAAUCAAGGCAUUGAGCAAUCGGCGAACAUGAUCAUCAUGGCCUACGCUCAUGCACGCGCGACGGGAAAUGGGAACCUUGUCAACAAAUAUUACGGUCUGUUUAGUGGAUGGGCGAAUUAUUUGGUCAGCUCGACCUUGUUUCCAACUGGACAGCUAUCUGCAGACCUUGAUAAUUUUGCCAAUCAGACUAAUCUGGCGGUCAAGGGCAUCAUUGCGAUCAAGGCAAUGUCUGAGCUCAGUUCCAGUCUAGGAAAGAAGGUCGAUUCAGAUAUGUAUUCCACUAUUGCCUCAACGUUCGUACAAACAUGGGCUUCGUUGGCUCUCAGUGCCUCCAAUAACCUUUUAUUGGCCUACGGAACAACGGGAACAUCAACGCUAGGCUAUAAUCUGUUCGCAGAUCGUUGGUUGGCCACCAAUAUCGUGUCCACUGAGGUGUUCAGUGCUCAAACGGCGUUGUUCGGCAACUUACUCAGCGCGGGUGGCAUUAAAGGGCUGCCAACUGAUAGCUCAAACACGGGCCAAGCUAUAACAACCUGGAAUAUGUUCGCUGCCGCGAUGUCGACCGACAGCGGUGUACGAAAUGGAAUAGUCUCCUUGAUACACUCGCAAUUGUCGAACUCGACCACGGAUUUAUCGCCGUUUCCUACAACUUAUAGCGCACUGACAGGUCAAGUGUCGGGAGGGUCUGCGAGCCCUGCACAAGGUGCUAUAUUCUCGCUACUUGCACUAAACGUAACAGCGAAAUCGAUAACGGCCACUGGUCUCAGCUCUAGUUCGGAUCCUAGUCCUAGUAGCACGCCGUCUACAAACUCCGGGGAUAACACCACCAAACACACGAGCGCGGGCACCGUAGCAGGAGGUGUUAUCGGUGGACUCGCUCUACUCGGACUGAUUGGUGCCGCCGCUUUCUUCCUCGCUCGGCGGUACCGUAGGCAACAGCAAGAGCAUGCUCAGAUCCAGACCGUCGAGACUAGACCCACCCUCACCACUCUCUUUUCUCCGUAUCAGCCCUUCAACGCCCAGCGUAUUGACGAAGAAAGUAAUGCACCAUCAUUCAUCUUAAGUCGAUCGUCACAGCACACAGCGCGGCGGGACGACGGCAUCACUGCCACCUCACCAUCGGAACAAUGGGUGCAUCAGGAAACUCCAACAUCAUUGCUCGGGCUCGUGCGUUCACCUUCGCCACCUCAAACUCAGACACCGCUUACAAGCAAGGAGAUUGCUCGGAUCCGCGCAAUCAAUGCUAGUAACAAUGCGAGUCCCACUGCCCAUACGAGGACAAUGUCCUACGAAUCUCGUACAUUCUCCGACGUUCCGAGUCAAUCCGGACUGUCGACACUCACAACCACCAGCCAAGCCCGUUCGGUGACGACUCGGUUGAUGACUGAAGUGGAAGGGCUGAGAAGAGAAAUGGAGGAGAUCAGGAGGCGGAGAUUAGAGGCGCCACCGACCUACGAGCAAUAG